AAAGUUCCCUGCUGUGACAUGGAAUAAGGGUAACAGAAAAAUGAGAGCAAGACUUGUAAAGACAAUCCUGGUUUUGCUCUUUCUUAGCCUGUUUGGAAUCCUGGAGGCAUCAACAAUAUCGUGCAGAAAUGAAGAAGGUGAAGAUGUGGAUUGGUUUAUCUUUUAUAAGGUACCUAAAGGACAAGACAAGGAAGGUGGAGAAACUGGGCUAGAGUAUCUGUACCUAGACUCCACAAUUAGAAGAUGGAGACAGAGUGAGCAACUAAUGAAUACCAACAGAAGUGUAUUGGGAAGGACCUUACAACAGCUAUAUGAAGCAUAUGGCUCCAAGACUAAUAACACAGCCUAUCUCGUAUACAAUGAUGGGGUCCCAAAAUCUAUGAAUUACAGCAGAAAGUAUGGACACACCAAAGGUUUGCUGCUGUGGAACAGAAUCCAGGGUUUCUGGCUGAUUCAUUCUAUUCCAGGGUUUCCUCCAAUUCCUGAAGAAGGCUAUGAUUAUCCAUCCUCAGGAAGACGAAAUGGGCAAAGUGGCAUCUGCAUAACUUUCAAGUACAACCAAUAUGAAGCAAUAGAUUCUCAGCUGUUGGUCUGCAACCCAAACAUCUAUAGCUGUUCAAUUCCAGCCAUCUUUCACCAGGAGCUCGUCCACAUGCCUCACCUGUGUGCCAGGUCCAGCUCAGCCAAGAUCCCUGGCCGGCACCUCACCACACUGCAAUCAGCGCAGGGACAAAACUUCCUCCAUUUUGCUAAAUCUGAUUCUUUUCUUGAUGACAUCUUUGCAGCUUGGAUGGCUCAACAGUUGAAGACACAUUUGCUAACAGAAACCUGGCAGCGGAAGAAGCAAGAACUCCCUUCAAAUUGUUCCCUUCCUUACCAUGUCUACAAUAUCAAAGCCAUUAAGCUUUCACGACAAUCUCAUUUCAGUUCUUCCCAAGAUCAUGCCAAAUGGUGUAUUUCCCAGAGGGGCACUAAAAACCGCUGGACAUGUAUUGGAGACCUAAAUCGAAGCCCGUACCAAGCUUCCAGAAGUGGAGGGUUCAUUUGUACCCAGAACCGGUAUAUUUACCAAGCAUUUCAAAGACUAGUUUUUUAUUAUGAAGAUUGUGACUGGGCACUGUGA